AUGAAGCUCGACAUCGUGAGUGUCAUACUUGAUUUCAAUGACAGAUGUGGCUCACCGACUGCACAGAUCACCGAGAGCGCAUCAAAGCUGUCUUGGACCAGCGCAUACACGCUGCUGAAGAAGGUCGACACCCUCCCGCAAGGCCACGCAUCCUGGAAAGUGGAGAUCUUUGAAGUGGAGGGAGACCUGGUGGACCCGGAGACAGGAAAGCAACUCACCGAGACGAUCGAACUUUGGAUGCGCGACCCAGUUGAGUGUGUCCAAGAACUCAUUGGCGAUCCCCGAUUCUGCAAGUCCAUACACUUUGAGCCAAGGAGGGAGUACGCGGAUCGCGAGGGGAGGUGCAGGGUGUAUCGUGGGAUGGAGACAGCAGACUGGUGGUGGACGGUACAGCUUAAACUUCCCGAAGGUGCUACAGUUGCGCCUGUCAUUAUCGCGUCGGACAAGACAAACCUGUCAAGAAUGAGCGGGGACAAGACUGGGUGGCCAGUCUAUCUCACCAUUGGCAACAUCGACAAAGAAGAGCGUCGGCGGCCAUCGUCUCGUGCCACGCUCCUUCUCGGGUAUCUCCCUGCCACCAAGUUGGGAUCGUGCUUCUCCAAAGCGCAGCAGUCGAUAGCAAUCAACCGCGUCUUCCAUAGGUGCAUGAGCUCCAUGCUUCGGUCGUUGGUCAAGGCGGGGGAGGAGGGUGUGGAGAUGGUCUGCGCUGACGGAUAUGUUCGGCGAGUCUUCCCUAUCCUGGCGGCGUAUAUUGCGGACCAUCCAGAACAAUGCAUGGUGUCCGGAUGCAAGGAGAACUUCUGUCCGAAGUGCUCAGUGCCGCCGAACGAGCGAGGUGAACCAGGAACUCACCCUCUGAAGAAACCCGACGCCAUCCACACCAUCUAUCGCCGUGCCUGGGCAGGCCUUCAGCCUCCGGAGCUUGACAACCUAGGCUUGCGCCCUGUUGAACCGUUCUGGGUUGACUUACCUCACUGCGACAUCUUCACCGCCAUCACUCCCGAUAUCUUGCAUCAACUUCACAAGGGCAUGUUCAAAGACCACCUUGUCAGCUGGUGCACGGAAGCGCUAGGUCCAGGUGGGGAGAAGGAGGUCGAUCGGAGGUUCAAGGCGAUGCCGAAACAUGCUGGGAUACGCCACUUCAAGAACGGCAUCUCUGGCGUAUCUCAGUGGACGGGGAUGGAGUACAAGAAUAUGGAGCGCGUCUUCCUCGGCGUCAUCGCUGGCGCGUGCGAUGAGAAUGUGACGCGCGCUGCGCGCGCCAUCCUCGACUUCAUCCACUAUGCUCACUUCGAAACUCAAGAUGACUCCUCCCUCCACCGUCUUCACUCUGCCUGGCAGCACUACCAUCGCUUCAAGCACGCAUUUGUCGACCUCACCAUUCGCCAACACUUCAAUUUCCCCAAAGCGCACUCGAUGCAGCACUACGAACGCUCUAUCCGGCAGAGCGGAACUGCCGACGGCUUCAACACCGAACAGUCUGAACGCCUCCACAUCGAUCUGACGAAGAUUCCGUACAAUGCUAGCAACAAACAAGAUACUUACCUCAAACAGAUGGCGCUUUGGCUCGAGCGGCAGGAGGCGUUGGAACGCUUCAAGUCGUAUUUGGAGUGGAGGGGAAUCAAACCUCGCACCUCACAUCCUCGGGCUCCCGCUUCCGCCACCGCCGCUGCGACCAAAUCGGCUGAUGGCCGGAAGGACCACAACUCACGGCGUGUUGCGAAGUCUCCAGCAUUCAAGAAGACGCUUCGGGAGCUGAUAGACAGUCACGGUACGCUGCAGCUUCUCCCCGCAUGGUACGUGUUCCUUCGCAAGGUCGCGCUUGGCCACCCACAACGCCUCAAGCAUAUCAACGACAUUUUGUUCCACAACGGGAGCUGGAUCUCUGGCUACCACCAGUUCAAGCUGGAUCUUCCAAUCGUCCGUCAAGUUUCAGCAGGGGUGCUUGUGGACACCGUUCACGCCUCACCUGAGCACGCUGCUGCUCACUCCGGAAUGUCCGCAACUCCAGCGAACAUGUCAACAGUUCUCGUGCUUGACCCUGAUCUAGCUCCUGGCAUUUCGUCGCCGCCGUUCGACCCUUCCAACCCGCUGCGAGGACUUCAAGUGGCUCGAGUACGCGCCAUCUUCAAUACACCAUCCAUUUACAACGCCGCUCUUCUCGGUCUUCAAGAACCACUGGCGUAUGUCGAGUGGUUCACGCCGUUGCAAGUGUACGACAACCCGACCGGGAUGUACGUUGUAUCUCAUUCCACUCGUCAGCAUCUCCGUAAUGUAUCAAUAAUUCCUAUCUCCCGCAUUAUACGUACGUGUCAUCUCAUCCCUGUGUUUGGGAAGACUAUGAACCCUUCGUGGACGUCGGAAAACGUGCUCGAUAUGUGUACUCGGUUCUAUGUAAACCCAUAUCUUCGACAUCACGACUUCGUCCUAUUUAGAUAUCUUGACCCUCGACAUACAGACUCGCUCGAUACAUAG